AUGGCUUGUGUUGCUGUAAAUUCUCUUGUGAGGACGAUUGAGCUUGAGUUCUUGCAACCUCUGCCUCGCCCAAUCGUACGACAAAAGCAACUCAUCCCUGGCAAUGAAAACCUGAUCCAAAAUCUCCACCAGAAGCUUGGUGAUCUGAUAGAGCUGAUCGAUGAGAACAGGAUGGAUGGUAUCGAAGCAAUUAAAGACUUGGAAACUAAGCUCAGAGAUGUGGCUUUCAGAGUAGAAUAUGAAAUUGAAUUCCAAAUCGUACAUCUUUAUGAGAUAGAGGAAAAGGAAGAGUUACUUGCAGGAAUAGCAGAUCUUUUUGUGGAAAUACCAGAGAGUAGUAUUGAUGCAGUAGAAGAAGAAAAUUUGGGAAUUGCUGAUGCCCAAAGAAGUUGGCAUUCUUUCAAACUUGGUUGUAUUUUGGAAGAAGCAAUAAGAGACAUUGAUGCCAUCCACAAAGAGUUGUCCAAAGUGAAGAUGGAGUGUGUUGAAGCCGCCUUGCAAGGAAUUGGAAGGAAAACAACCAUAGUACUUGCCCCAGCUGCAGCUUCUACCACAUGUUGUAGUGAUGGAAGAGUUGAUGCCAUGAUAAUGGUGGGGAAAAACAAUGAGAUCAAAAUUGUAAAGGCGAUGCUAAUUCAUCAUUCAUCAAGGCAACGGGAAAUUGUCUCCAUUGAAGGUAUGGGAGGCAUCGACAAGACAACCUUAGCUAGACGAGUUUAUGAAGAUCCAUCAGUUACCUCCCGCUUUGACAUCCGAGGUUGGGUUGUUGCCUCACAAUAUCAUAGUAAGUUACAAAUACUAACAGACCUUCUUAAAUCAACAGGCUAUGUAGGUAGUGGCACUCAAGAGGAUCAGCUAGCACAACAACUAUACCAACAUCUGAUGCAUCAAAGAUAUUUUGUUGUGAUAGAUGACAUUUGGAGCGUUGAUGCGUGGAAUUCUGUCAAAGCUUGCUUUCCUGAUAAUGCAAAUGGCAGUCGAGUAUUGUUGACUACUUGCUUUGCACAAGUGGCUACCAGUAUUAGCUCUAAUAAUAACUUUUCUCAUCAAAAGCAAUUUUUAGAUCAAACUGAGAGUUGGGAUUUAUUUCGUGAAAAGGCAAGCAAAUCUGGCUAUGCUGAGUUUGAGGCGAUUGGAAGACCUAUUGUUGAGAAAUGUAAAGGAUUGCCUCUGGCAAUUGUUGUAGAUGCAGGUUUAUUUUCCAAACUUCAUACGCUAGAUGAGUGGAAGAAUGUUGCAGAAUUUCUAAAUUCAUCUGCAACAACAACAAUUGAUGAAGAAUGCUCAAGGAUACUCUCGUCCAGUUACAAUCACUUGCCUCACAGUUUGAAGGCUUGUUUUUUAUAUUUGAGCAUAUUUCAAGAAUAUGAAGAGAUCUAUGUUAGAGAUAUUGUAAAGUUAUGGGUUGCCGAAGGACUUGUAAAGGCAUCCAAGGAUAUGAGCUUUGAUGCAGUGGCUAGAAGGCACAUUCAAGAACUCAAAGAUCGGAACCUAAUUCUUAUAAAUCGACCAAGUAAUUGUGGAAGGAAAGUAAAGACAUUUAGAAUGCACUCUUUAUUGCAUUCUCUUUGUGUGGGGGAAGCUAAAAAGGAGAACCUUCUGUAUAUUAUCUAUGGAAAUAAGUCCAGUUCCUCUCAGAAAGAUUACCGAUGGCUCCAGAGUCUGCAUCUUUUUGGUAAAUUUGGUUUGCAUCGGUUGGCGAUUCCAAAUAUUAACCACCUUGUUUGCUUGGAAAACCUUAUGAGGUUGAGGUUUACGCACUCGACAUUUGAGUGGAAGGCAAUUAAUAUUCUUAGCAAGUUGUCUAAACUUGAGGUGCUAAAGCUAAGCUAUUGUAAGUGCAUCGGUGGAGAGUGGGAACUACUUGAAAAGGAGAGUUUUGACCGAUUAAUUUAUUUGGAAAUUCAAUCGAAUAAUCUUGAAAGUUGGGAAGCAAGUGCUUGUCAUUUUCCGAAUCUUGAGCAUCUAGUCCUUUAUCGGUGCCAAAAAUUGGAAAAGAUCCCAGUUGAGUUUGCAGAAAUUUCAAACUUGAAGUCAAUCAAAUUGUAUGAAUGUCUUCCUUCUGUUGUGGAUUCUGCCAAUGAAAUUCAAAGAGAGCAACGUGAGCAAGGAAAUGAUAAUAUGGUUGUCAUUGAGGAAAGAGACAUUAGAGGUCCAUCUCUCUCCUUUACCCUUAUGCUAUUGCUUUUUUUAUUUCACUCUCAUUAUAAAGUUUCAUCAUAUAUAUCCUAA